AUGGAUCAAAAUUCUCGAGAGGAUUUUGAAAUCUUUAUUCAAAAUACACUUCAAAAUGCUAACAGAAUGCUUAACUCUGAUGAUGUAAAUUCAAUUGAAUUACAUAUAGAAAGGCUUGAUCUUUUAUUAGCCAUGUUUACACAACUUAUUAUUAAUUUUCCCAAUGAUAAUAUUCUGGGAUUUUUACCAGAAAUUAUAAACCUAAAAAGACAACUAGAAACCAAAAUAGAAACUUUAAAUUCAGAAAAUAAUAACCCAAUAAAUAAGUUUAUUUCAUAUAGACGUACUAGUGGUAGACCUACAAUAUUAAUUAGUGAAAAUGCAAUCAGAAUGUUGAGAAAAGAAGGGUUUAGUUGGGAAAAAAUUGCUACAAUUUUUGGAAUAUCUAGUAAAACAAUUCAAAGACGUAGAAGAGAAUUAAACAUUCCUGAUGAUAUAGGUGAAUAUACACAAUUAACUAAUGAACAAAUUGAUGGUGUGGUUAGAAUUAUUAGACAAGAGCAACCAUUCUCUGGACAAAAUAUUAUUAUGGGAACACUAAGAUCAUUAGGAAUAAAAAUUCAUCGUCAGAGACUCAGAGAUUCAUUAUAUCGUAUUGAUUCAUUUAGGAUCAUUAAUCGUUGGGCACAUAUUAUUCCUAGACGUGUAUAUCAUGUUGCUGGUCCUAAUUCAUUAUGGCACAUUGAUGGAAAUCAUAAAUUAAUCAAAUGGAAAUUUGUUAUACAUGGAGGAAUUGAUGGAUUUACACGAAUGAUUACAUUUUUACAUUGUAGUAGUAAUAACCGUUCUGAAACAGUAUUGAAAUAUUUUUUAGAUGGAUGCAAUAAAUUUGGCAUUCCAAUUAGGGUUCGUGCAGACAAAGGUGGUGAAAAUAUAUUAGUGAAAAAUUGGAUGGAAAAUUAUAGAGGAUUGAAUCGAGGAAGCUUUAUUGCAGGAUUGUCUGUGCAUAACCAACGUAUUGAGCGACUUUGGGUGGAUUUAAAAAAUGUUGUAUUAAAAAUAUAUUCAGCAGUUUUUCAUUUUUUAGAAGAACAUCACAAUUUAGUUACCAAUAAUAUGGUAUAUAUGUUUUGCUUGCAUUAUGUUUUUUUACCUAGAAUUAAUAGAUCCUUGGAGAUUUUUGUAGAUUCCUGGAACAAUCAUUCAAUAAGAACUGAGCAUAAUUCAACACCACAUCAAUUGUUUAUAAAAGGUAUGAUUGAAAAUGGGUUCAGGGGAAUGGAAAAUUUAGAUAUCAAUGUAAAUGAGUAUGGUGUAGACUGGGAAGGACCAGUACCUACUGAAAAUAUUGAACAAGUGGUAUGUGAAGAUCCACAUAAAGUACUUACAGAUGAGCAUUUAUUAGAAUUAAAGAAUAGGCUAAAUCCUCUGGAGGAUGAUGAGUGUUAUGGAAUUAAUGUUUACAAUAAGUGUUUAAGAAUAGUGAUGGAAUUAUUAUCUAGAGCACAUCCUGACUUACUUUAG